AUGAGUUCUCGUGCGGGUCUCGCGAGAGAUAGCGAGAACUGGCCAGGAAAGGUCACUGGAGGUCAGGACUGGAGGAUGGCAGGUUUGCGUUUGGAGGAAGAAGUUGUCAAGUUUGCCGUGUUUUCACGGAUUCUGAUCAUCUUGUGGCAGAUGGUCAGCAACAAUCUGACACCAGACCACGAUGCCGGAGUCUUCAACCCCCCUGUCAGACAUCCAGUGGGAAUUGGUGACCACUUCAUUGAUGUAGUGUUCGGUGGUUUCUCACACUGGGACUCCGCACACUUCCUGUACAUAGCAGACCACGGCUACACCAUACAGAAGCAUUUUGCCUUCUUUCCGCUGUUUCCAACAACUGUGAAGACUGUCUCAGAAACUGUUCUUUUCCCGCUGCACUUUUUCAUGAACGCCCACAGCGCACUACUUGUGACAGCUGUGGCUGUGAACGUGCUGUUCUUUGUAGCAGCAACAUUCGUGCUGUUCAAGCUGUCCGUACUGACACUACAUGACAGACAGCUGGCCCUGAGGACAGCACUGCUGUUCUGUAUCAACCCCGCCGGUAUCUUCAUGACAGCUGCGUACUCUGAAUCGCUGUUCACCUUUGUCAGCUUUUACGGGAUGCUGGCCAUGGAGCGAAAACUGUACCUACCUGCAACUCUACUAUUCGCGUUAUCAAGUGCAACCAGAUCCAACGGAAUUGUAAACUGUGGCUUUGUUGUAUUCUUCACAGCAAGAGAACUGACGUCCAAAUUAAGACUCCCUCUAACAGACUUCAGUUUCCAAGAUUUACUGUUGCUGCUGUUAAAAUCGAUAUCAACUCUUUGUUACAUGGUAGCUAUCCUUGCACCUUUUGUAGCAUUCCAGUAUCAUGCGUAUUAUCUCUACUGUAGUGACUUUAAAAGAGAGAAGGCUUUGGCAUUGUGGCAUCCUGCAUUUCCCACAGACAAUGAGGAGUACUUACCGCCGGGGAGUACUACCAUCCCCCCAUGGUGUAACUGGACGGUCCCCAGCGCAUACUCCUACAUACAAGAUUCCUUCUGGGACGUGGGAUUCCUCCGCUACUAUCAGCUGAAACAGAUCCCAAACUUUGUCCUGGCUGCACCAAUCAUAGCGCUAUGUGGAUCUGCAGUGUACAGUUACUGCAGAGUCAACUGGCAUGUCUGUAGAACACUGGGGCUGGGUGCUGAGAGGAAGGAGGGUGAUGACAAACCAAGAACUGGUUUCAACAGUCCUCAGGUGUUUGUGUACAUCGCCCACCUGAGCUUUCUUCUGCUGUUUGGUGUCACCAACAUGCACAUACAGGUAGUGACAAGGUUCCUUGCUUCAUCAAGUCCUGUUAUCUACUGGUAUGCAGCCCAUCUCACCAGAGAAGAUCCUCAGCAUUCCAAAACAAACCCUGCUACAUCUGAAAAUGCUGCAUACCCAAAUAACCCAAUUCUUCAGCAAAUUCACAACUGGAAAACACUCAGAAGAACCACCCAAGUUGUCCUGGGCUAUUUUAUUUUUUAUAAUGUUGUUGGUGUUGCCCUGCACAGCAACUUCUUCAACUGGACAUAGUGACUUUGACAUGUGGCCAGUAAUGUUUAUGAUGUAUAUUUGAGUGUUGUCCAAAUGUUGAAGAAUUUAUACCUCCAUUGAAAA